AUGAGAAAGGAUUCGUUGAAAAUUUUCUGCAUCUUUCCCCCUCUCCUUUCCCCCCCACACACUUCCCCCCUCCCCUUUCCCUCGCCCUACCUUCCCGCCCCGUCUCUUCCCCUCCACCUCCCCACUCCUCCCCGCCCCGGCCUUCCGCCCUCCCUUUCCAUCGGCGUCUCCGCUGCUUGCGCUCCUUGCCCACGAUCCGUCCGUUGCAGGUCGGCGGAGGCGCAGCGCACCUUCCCCGUGCGCACCGCAGAUUCCGCCGCGACGGUGGCGGCGUGCGAAAAGAAAGGCGACUUGCGCCGCCGCGUAUGCUCGUCAGGGGAACUCGCGGCGUUCGUGCGAUCACUCAACGCGCAGACAGGCGGGACAGACCCCUCGCAGCAAGUUACCAGCAGCAGCAGCAGCAGCAGCGGCAGCAGCGGCAGCGGCAGCGGAGGGACGAGGGAUGAUGGCGGGAUCUGGAGCGGGAGAACCGAGGAUAGCCUGUUAGACCCCGUCAACUGCAAUAGCUCCUCGCCGCUGCUAGGAUGCCUCCCAGGCUUCGCUAGCCCCAUCACCGCACCUACUCUUAACACCACAUUCGCUUCCCCCUCCGCUAAAUCCAAACGCUCCGCCUUCCCCGCGGUCCCCCCUUCCGCCUCCGCGGGGUCGUUCUCUUCCCCCCUGGCGUGGAUCUUCGCGUACGAGUCCGGGUCCGUCGCACUCGCUCGCCGCGAGCUUCCGCCAGGGCCUCCGCGCGAGGACCCGCCGUCCGCCUGCUGCGCGGGGUUCUUCUGCCCCGCGGGGCUUGCGUGCAUGAUACCAUGCCCCGCGGGGUCGUUCUGCCCGUCGCCAGUGACGCCUCGAGGCUUCUCCUGCACCCCUGUGGUGGAGGCGGGUGGUGGCGCUGGUUGGAGCGCCUGUGAGGAGGGUGUGUGGGGCGAAGCUUGCGUUCCUGGGGUGCCGCGUUCACCAUGCGUUCGUGCCGCUGUCGCACCCGGAUUUGCUGGAGUCGCGCGCCUCUUCGCGCACCUCCUCCUUCUCCUUCACGGAAUGCCAACCCCCCUGCGCCUCCCUCCACUCCACUCCCCCCGUCCACCGCGCGCACCCCCCGCACUCCGCCCUCCCCGCGCGCGCCAGCCACGCGGGCGCGGGGAAGGCAAACGAGGGGGAGCGGGCGGAGGAGGGGGAACGACCGUAUGGGCGGGGAGAACGGAAAGCGCAGAGGGAAUGAGAGGAGAGACAGGAGCUGCAGCGCCUGUGGGCGGACUGCCUGCGCUGGUAGAGAGCAGCGCCGUCGGCAGGGAGGUGCUAGCAGGGGGGUUAGAGCAGCUAACGAGUCCCAACCCUGUCCUCCUAGACCCAGGCUUGGCCGCUGCUGUGGCGGCACCCGGUGCUGAUGGGAGCGUGGGUGUCGUGGGUGCAGGGGCUGCAGGUGGUACGGACUCGUUAUUACUGGACCCGUUUGCACCUGCAGUGUCGCCUGCUUCCGGAUCUGCUCCUGCAGCUGUCUCUGUCCCUGUGUCUUCCGCAGCAGCAGCAGCAACAGCAGCAGCAGCAGCCGAUCUGUCAGGCCUUGAAGCAGCGGUAACUCCAUUCCCGCUCCCCGCCGCAACACCUUUCUCCCCCACCACCCCCCAGACCACCCCUAGUCAGCCCGCCCUCUUCCCCCCACACGCGCUUGGCUCCGCCCCUCCCGCGGUUCCCUUCCCCUCCGGUGGGGGGGAUAUCCAGGCGCACAGGGCGGAAGGCGGAGUAGGCGGAGAUGCGGGGGAAGGGUCGAGCGGGGCGGAGUGGGGCAAGGCGGAGGGCGGAGAGCAGGCGGAGGAGGGGUCGUGGGCGCACGGGGGAGGGCUAGGCGCGCACAGCCUCCGCCUGCGCUUCCCCGGAUUAGAGGCGGCGUUCGCGUCCGCGUCUUCCGCGCCCAGCCCGGACGAAUUUCUCCGCCUGGUCGAGUUUCAGAACAACAUGAUGGGGUGCUCCGCGCACGACCUCCGCGACGGCGGCGGCGGAGCGGCGGGGGAGGGCGCGGGAAGAAGGUACGGGGGCGGAGGCGGAAGGAGAGGCGCGGGGAUCGGCGGGUUUGGCGGAGGCGGAGCGGGAGGGGGUGGCGCGGGGACGAGCGGAGGCGGAGGGGAGGAGAAGCGGGCGGUGGGGUGGGACGCGGGGGUAAGCGGAGGGGAGGACGACGCGUGGGAUGGCGCUGGGACGCGGAAGGGGCGCAGGUGGAAAGGGGGGAGCGCGGGGGGGGAGAAUGAGGAGCGGGGGAGGAGAGUGGCGUGUCUACAGAGCGCAUACGCGCAGCUGGAGGCGGAGAAGCGGCGGGGCGCGGGGGGAGGCGCGGAGCCGGGGUCUCUAGAAGAGCUUUUUAACGAAGCGGUUAGCUGUGGCGCCAGUGGACUGCUGCAGGGUCAAAUGAGGCGCAUGCUGCGUGUUGACCUGGUCAACCUGCACCCAGGGAGAGUGACGUCUGUGCUGGGUCCCACGGCGGGGAGGAGCGCGCUGCUGCAGGUGCUGUCAGGCCAGCAAACGAGCAGCGUGGUGGUGGGCGGGCACAUAGCAGUGGAGGGCACGCCGGCAGCCAUGGCGUCGUACCGUGCGCUCAUAGGCUACGUGUGUGCGGGCUCGCCGCUGCCCUGCGCCUUCCUCACAGUGGACGAGUACCUCUCGCUGCACGCCCACAUGCGUGAGGAGGGCACGCGCACGCUCGUGCGCGUGCUGCUGCAGGAGGCGUCUAGAGGGGCGGCGGUGGCGGUGGCGGCGGCGCGGCCGAGCUUCAAAACGUUCCAGGCGUUUCACGACGCGAUUCUGCUCACCGCUGCUGGCGCGACGGCGUUUCACGGGUGCGUGGACAACGUUCAGAGCCAUUUCGAGGGUUUGGGGUUCCUGCUUCCGGACCGGGCCGACCCUGUGGAUUACUAUUUGGAUGUGCUGCGAGGCUCGGAGAAGUCCGACGCUCUGCCGAACCUCACGCCGGCUGGCCUGGCGCUGGUGUGGCAGGAGAGGCUGGGAGGACGGACAGAGAGAAGGGGGUUCGGAGGAGGGGGAGGGGGAGGAACGGGAGGGAGAGCAGUGGAUUUGUGGCGGCGGGUGGGGAGCGGUAGUAGCAGCAGGAGAGUAAGGCGGAGGAACAGCGGGAGCAGCGGGGGGCGGAGGCAUUUAUCGGGAUUGCUGUCAGCAGGGAGAGGAGGGGUGUACACACGAGGGUCUGAUGACCCAUAUUGGGCGGAGAGGGAGGAGAAGGAGAGGGACCAGAGAGGGGCUGCUACGGUGGCAGUUGCGGUGGUUGCAGGGGCAGGGAGCGGGUUUGGGCAAGGAGGGGGGGCAGGCGGAGGGAGGGAUGGAGUGGGGGGGAAGAGGGCUCUGAAGAGUGCGCCGCUGCUGCUGGUGAAUGGGCUUGGCGGGGCGAGAGUGGGGGGACAUGGGGGAGGGUUUGGGGGGGAGAGUGAAGGGCGGCUGUCGAGUGUUCACCAGUCGUUUGAGAGGGCUAGUGGGGGAGGUGCGGGGGAGAGUGAGUGGGGGGGUGCGAGAGACGAGGAGGGAGGAGGGGAGGUGGAGAUGGGGGAAGGCUGGAGAGGAGCGGAGGGGCAGGGGCUCUCAGAAGGGGAGAGGGAGAGAGGGGAGGGGGAGGGAGGAAGAGGGGGAGUUAUGGAAGGCGGUGAGCGGGGAGAGUUGGCGGAAAGGGAGAGAGAGGGAGGAGGUGGAGGAGUGGGUACCGUGAGGGAAUUGCCAUGUGAUUUGUCAUCUGGCUCUGAUGAGGUAGCGUCUGUGGGAUGUUAUGGGCUGUCGGGGGAAGGGGGAAGGAGCGGGGAGAUGGGGGGCGCCGCGCGGGGUGCUGGAGAGCGUGGGGAUGGUGGUGGGGGAGGUGGUGAGGGAGGGGUUGGAGGAGGUGCGGUGGCAGGCGGUGGUGCAGAGGGAGAGGGCGAGGGCGCUGCUGUCGUGGCGGCGGGUGAAGGAUCUGUCGGAUCGGACGAGGAGAGGAGCAGGCCGGCAGUUCUGGGCGGUGCUGGGCAGGGCUUCUCACGCCUUCAUCCCCAUCAUUCUCCCCAUUCACCCCCCACCCCCUCCCCCCCUGCAGUGCUCUCCUCGGUGCUCGUGCCCCUCGCCUCGCCGCUCCUCGCCAUCACCAGCAUAGCACCCAUCGCCUCCGCGCUCAACAUCCCGCCCAUCCUCCCUUUCCUCGCAGCUGACCUCCUCUCCACGCUCCUCCUCGCCCUCCUCCCGCUGCUGCUCCUCCCGCCGCUCCUCCUCUUCUUCCCCUUCUCCGCCAUUCUCUCCUCCUUUGGCCCGUCGCUGGCGGUGGCUCUCUGCCUUGUGCUCUGCUCCUCUGGCCUGCACACGUUUCUUCUCAGCUUCCUCUCCCGCCGCAGAGCAGCAAUGGCUGCCCUGGUGCUGUGCCUAGCAGCGUACUUUGCAACGCUGGUGCCGGUGGUGCCAGCAGCGCGCAGUGGGGGAGUGAGGGCGUGGCUGCAGUGGCUCAGCUUCCUGCAGUGGGCUGUCAAGGGGCUGCUGGCAGGAGCCGUCAGCAACCAGUUCAUGGGAGUGUGGUUGCCGGUGCGGUGUGCAUUCACAUCAGCCAUGCAGUGGAGUGUGGUGGGGUCAUGGCAGGCUGCUGCUGCUGCUCUCGCCGUGGCUGCAGCGCUGCUGCGAGUGCUGGGAUAUCUCAUUGUUGCUGCGAGAGGGGCCUGGGGUCCCGGACCUGGACAGUUUGCAUGA